AUGUUUUUAACGAGAAGUGAAUAUGAUAGAGGUGUCAGUACUUUUUCACCAGAAGGGAGACUUUUUCAGGUUGAAUACUCUUUAGAGGCCAUUAAGUUAGGUUCAACAGCUAUUGGUAUUGCCACAAAAGAGGGUGUUGUAUUAGGUGUUGAGAAAAGAGCUACUUCCCCAUUGUUGGAAUCAGAUUCGAUCGAAAAGAUACUGGAGAUUGAUCGUCAUAUUGGUUGUGCAAUGAGUGGUUUGACUGCAGAUGCUAGAUCUAUGAUUGAACACGCUCGUACCUCUGCAGUAACUCAUAAUUUAUACUACGAUGAAGAUAUUAAUGUUGAAUCUUUAACUCAGUCUGUUUGUGACUUGGCUCUAAGGUUCGGUGAAGGUGCUUCAGGUGAAGAAAGACUAAUGUCAAGACCUUUUGGUGUUGCAUUGUUGAUAGCGGGUUAUGACAAGGAUGAAGGUUAUCAAUUAUAUCAUGCAGAACCAUCAGGAACUUUCUACCGUUACAAUGCUAAAGCGAUCGGAGCUGGUUCAGAAGGUGCACAAUCUGAAUUGCAAAAUGAAUGGCAUUCUUCUUUAACUCUAAAAGAAGCAGAACUGCUGGUAUUAAAAGUAUUAAAACAAGUAAUGGAAGAAAAACUAGAUGAAAAUAAUACCCAGUUAAGCAGUAUAACAAAAGAUGAAGGUUUUAAAAUAUAUACAAAUGAAAGAACAGCUGAAUUGGUCAAACAAGUUAAGGAAAAGGAAGCCGAAGAAAACCCAGAACAACAUGAUGUUGAAAUGUCUUAA